GUAGUACCAAAAUCAAGUCGAAUCGUUUGCCGGUGCAGGUUUCUUAACAAACUUGAUUGCUCAAUUUCAAAAAAUUCAAUCUCCCUAUUUGUAAAGGAGUUCUGCAUCCCCAAAAUGGAAUAUAAUACAAGACGUCCAGAAGAAGGCAGAGAGCUGGCCGGAAGCGUGUUGUUAGGACGGAUGCCACAGCAAGCAGAAGUACGUCUCGCAGAAGAUGAUUGGACAGGCAGUACAAAUGCUGCUGAGCGAAGGAAACGUCAGAAUCGGCUACAUCAAAGACUUUAUCGGAGACGGCAAAAAUUAUUGAGCAUGCAAUCAGCCCCCGCAAGCUUGAUCACGAAAGAGACGGAACCAUUGGAGCGGGAAAUUGACUCACACCUGAAAAACCUCCUCGAAGUCAUCAAACGACGAAACCAACCCGAGGAGUCUACAGAUACUGUUUUUCCUGGGAAAUUUACUGAAUAUGAUUACAAAAAAUUACUAAUUUCAUCAGCCCUAACGCCUCCUCAGGUUCAGCAUAUUAUCGGACAAGUUGAGCAUUUUAUUUCUCGUCAAUACAUGACUAGCUCUCCCCGCGCCGACCUCCUCCUUACUCUGAUUCAGUUCAACGUCUUUCGUGCUUUGUUCAGCAACAUGAUUGCUCUGGGAUUCAAUCAUGAUUGGUUGACGGCAGAUGCAAUUUCACCAUUUGUCCAGAACAAAUCACGCGUUUGUGACAAGAGCUGCCCAGGCAGUCUUUGCCCAACUGCACUUCAACGUCAAGUCUCCCAUCAUCCUUAUUUGGACCUGUUUCCUUUCCCAGAAUUACGAGAUAAUAUGUUAAGAAAGGGUGAAGAUUUUGAUGACGACGAUCUUUGCCAUGAUCUGGUCGAAGUGUGUCAUGCUCCGUCUGAAAGAAGUGGUCUUAUCGUUUGGGGCAGUCCUUGGGAUCCAUCCAGUUGGGAGGUCACCCCAGAAUUUGUUGAAAAGUGGCCUUGGAUGUUGAGAGGUUGUCGAGAGCUCUUACACUCAACCAACCUUUGGAGGGGUAAACGAGGAGAAGAAGAGCUGUAUUUUGAUGUUACGCUUUCCGAAAGAAUUCACUCUUAACUUUGGUUUAGAGUAUUAACUGCUGCCCGUGUCCCUCCUGAAUCAGGGAAAAGACUAAACACGACGAUUCAAUUUAAAUUUUCCCUCCAUUGACUAGUUGAAAACA